AGUUAUAUUCGUAGGUCAGAGCAUUUCGACAUACAGAUGUUACCAGCUGGGGAGAAAGACCGUUAAUCUGGUAUAAUCAUCUGGGAGAUCAUUGUGAUUUUUACGAGGCUUUUAUGUACAGCGCAUAAUAAUUUGCAGUAACAUCAUGAGCAAUAUGAAGGAUAAACCGACUAUUCGUCAACAGAGCUCGGAAAAUAACUCUGUCAGCAGUAGUGAAUGGGAUAUGGCAAAUGAUGUGUUUGUGUCCGGCUUCGAUGACAAUCAGAUGGGAGACAGUGUUGAUGCGGUGGACAGUGACCCAGUGCAGCCCGGCUUGGACAGACAUCUGCCCCUGUUAAGGGGGGACUCGCAGUUGUCCCAGGAUGGCAUGAUGCUGGGCCUGGCUGGGGAGGAAUAUUCUGGAUCAUCGUAUCUGGACAUUGUUUCAAACUACACCGAAAACGAUGGGAAUGUCACAACCAAGAAGCGCAUACGGUCCAAUAGUUCCAGGCACCGAGGUGACAUCGUCACGGAGCUGGGACCAGAGGAGGUCCGGUGGUUUUACAAAGAGGAUAAGCGGACAUGGAAGCCAUUCGUCGGACACGACUCUUUAAAAAUCGAGAUUAUCUAUCGCAGAUUCUGCGAACAGAACCCUAACAGGAUCAAACGCCACAUUGAUCCAGCUGAGGCCGACGUAAAGGAGACAGUCAAAUCCGGCGAGGUCCGGCCCGAAAGCUUGGCCGUGGACAUAGGAAGCGUCCGGGCGGACCCGGCGCUGCAGCGGGACAGAGGGCUGCAGCGCUCAUUGUCAGAGGAGAUAAAAGACUCGGAGGACAUCAGUGUCAGCGUGGAGGCAGUGUGUGUCAGAGGGGGGCUAUACGAAGUGGAUGUCAGGGAGAAGGAAUGCUACCCUGUUUACUGGAACCAACAAGAUCGCAUUCCUGUCAUGAGAGGUCAGUGGUUCACUGAUGGAACAUGGCUUCCCCUGGAGGAGGAUGAGAGUGACCUUAUUGAGCUGGAGCACCUUGCCUGUUUCCGGGGGCAACAGAUGAGGGAUACCUACGAGAUAGAGGCAAUGACCACAACAGUGGACAGCAAGGAUGCCAUCCACAGCCUGAAGCUGAGUAGAAGUCAUGUGGACUGGCACAGUGUGGACGAAGUGUACCUAUACAGUGAUGCUACCACCUCCAAGAUCGCACGUACGGUCACUCAGAAACUGGGCUUCUCAAAAGCCUCCAGCAGUGGGACACGCCUCCAUCGAGGAUAUGUCGAGGAGGCAGCACCUGAGGAUACCCCACCUGAAACCACACACAUUGUCUUUGUGGUGCACGGCAUUGGCCAGAAGAUGGACCAGGGUCGCAUCAUCAGGAAUACCAGCAUGAUGAGAGAUGCUGCAAGAAAGAUGGAAGAGAAGCACUUCUCUGAUCGCACCACAGAGCAUGUGGAGUUUCUUCCUGUGGAGUGGAGGUCAAAACUGUGUCUGGAUGGCGACACAGUGGACUCCAUCACUCCAGACAAAGUGCGAGGUCUUAGAGACAUGCUGAACAGCAGUGCCAUGGACAUCAUGUACUAUACAAGUCCUCUGUACAGAGAUGAGAUUACUAGGGGUUUAACACUGGAGCUGAAUCGACUGUACUCACUCUUCUGCUCGCGAAAUCCAGACUUUGAGAAAAAUGGGAAGGUGUCCAUAGUGUCGCACUCGCUGGGCUGUGUCAUCACCUUUGAUAUCAUGACAGGCUGGGACCCCGUGCGUUUUCAUCAUCAAGAAGCACCAGACCCAGAGAAGACAAAAGUCCGCUGGCCAAGUGAUGAGGAGCGCCACCUUCAGGAGCAGCUGAGGCUCACUCACCUCAGGUUAAGGGACUUGGAGGAUCAGUUCCAGGGUCUGCAGACCUCGUCUUGUGUUGCAGUGCCAGCCUUGAAAUUUAAGGUAGAAAAUUUCUUCUGCAUGGGGUCUCCUCUGGCUGUUUUCUUGGCAUUGCGAGGGAUUCGGCCUGGAAACAACGGUAUGCAGGACCACAUCCUACCCACAUCUAUCUGCAAACGCCUCUUCAACAUAUUCCAUCCAACGGACCCCGUGGCAUACAGAUUGGAACCUCUUAUCUUAAAGCAUUACAGUAACAUUGCACCUGUUCAAAUUCACUGGUACAACACCACCACCCCAACACCCUAUGAUCAGAUCCGGCCCACACUGCUCAAUCCCCCGAAGGAGACCGCAUCUGUCUCAGAUUCAGAGAGCAUCCCUAGCCCCUGCACAUCCCCGCCCCAGGCCCGACGGCACUAUGGAGAGUCCAUCACCAGCUUGGGCAAGGCCAGCAUCAUGGGUGCUGCAAGCCUUGGAAAAGGAAUUGGUGGAAUCUUGUUUUCCCGUUUUUCCCGUUCCGGUGGCCAGGUGGGUGGAGUGGAGGAGGACCCAUCAGAUUCUGAGGGUGGAGGCUCUGAAGUGGAAAAUGUUGCAUCAGCAGAGGAAGGAGUAACAGUGACAGAGUGCGAGGAAAAGGUGAAACAAAUAGAGGAGGAACACAGGGAGGUGGAGCCUGCCUUGUCCCAGUCCACCUCAGCUGUGAUGGACAGCACCUCCUUGGAACUGGACAGACGCAUCGACUUUGAGCUGCGGGAGGGCUUGGUGGAAAGUCGCUAUUGGUCAGCCGUGACCUCACAUACAGCGUAUUGGUGCUCUUAUGAUGUGGCUCUGUUUCUCCUCACCUUCAUGUACAGACCACAAGAACCACCUGAAUCUGCAGAAGAUAAUCCAGACAUCUCAUAACAUAAGUGCAAAAUUACCAUGGAGCUGUCACACCUGGGUUGAAUUCAUUUUCUGUUCACACCUUUUGAAACUGAAACUGAACAACUAAUGGAGAAUGAAAUUAAAUAACGUCAUUCUUCAUUCUUUGAUUUGCAUUAAUUGUAUAUCAUGCACCUACAAAUUUUAUCAUUUCAAUUUGAUUUGAAUAUUUUAAUUAGAAUUGGCAGUCUUGACUUCCAUAUGUUGCCAUCCUUACAGUGAAAUGAAAAUGAACUGACUCAGCAUAGGCACAAGUACACACAAAUCGCAUACCUGUUUUUCAUGCUAUAUAAAUUCCUCCCACGUUACAUACUGUAACAUCCAUGUGAUUUUUACUCCAGACUGUGCCCUGACACUUCCUUCAGUGAGGUGUUUAUUCCUAAAACUUGUCUCUGUUCUCUGGAACAGCUGUCAAAGCCUCCCGCUAAGUUUGGCUGUAUUAACAAUGUCCUGCUUGUGGUUACUAACUCACCACAAAGCUCUGUGCGCCCCUGACUGACUGCACAGAGAAAACCCUACUGCUUGUUCCAGGUCUAAUCGUAUGCUUGCUAACAUGCUAAAUUAUUUCUCAUAAUAAUUCCUGUAAUCAUAUUACAUCCCAUUCUAGAGAAGGCUAAAAGGAAUUCUUUUUCUAUACUGUGCAUUAGGCAGACACUGAACCUCAAACUUAAAAGUUGUGAAAAACAGUCAAUAUCUGAGUUAAAUAGAAUUAAGUGGUGUUUGAGUCCAUAUAUAUGUAUAUAUAAUAUCCACUUAUAAUGUGGAUAUUAACAAAUAGUUGCCUUACCUCAACAUUGUGUCUACACAGGAGACCUAGCAUAAGCAGCACAAUAGUGGAGAGAAAAGUAGCUCAAGUGCUCCAUUUAUGUCUACACUGUAUGCGUUUAGACAGUGUUGAAAGUUGGAGAAGGAAAGAACUUGAUUUCUUAAGCUAAAUUCCAUGAGAAUUUGCUAUAAGACCAAUGUGGUAUGCCUACUGUACAAGGAGUCAGUUUAAGAUGGGUUACGUCAGUAUGCCAUUAUGAACAAUUACAAUUACAAUAUGAAAACUUACAAUAUGCCAGUAUGGACAGGAAAGAUGAUUGCAGCCAAAACAAUCUAUCUUUUAUUUUAUUUUAUUUUAUUUUUUAAAUCACUGCGUUUUAUUAUCAUGUUUACAUGGACUGAACUGCUGUCUGUCAGGAAUGAAAAGCUUAAUUGGUGGCCAAAUGUUUGUCAGUUGCCAACAGAGUAGUUGUUCUUGUAGCUGUUAUAGUUUCUAUUCAUUGCGAGAGACAGCAUGACAAUAACUGCACUUGAUUUUAUAUUUUAGUGUCCUUUGUCUUAAAACAACUUACUAAAUUGUCAGUCACCAAUCAUAUGUCAGACCAGAGUCAAAUUGUGAAUACUGACCCAGGCAGGAUAUCCACAGACAAAAGGCUUUGAUUAGAGAAGGACAAUGUGUUUUCCAUACGAGUGGAGGAACGGGUUGUCCUGAUCACAAGGUUGGUAGUCCAAUCCCUGGCCCUUCCACAUGCUAAAGUGACUAUGGGCAAGGUACUGACCUCAAAGUUGCUCCCAAUGACAAGCAGGCCCUUGCAUGGCAGAUCUGUCACCAUUGUUGUGUGAAUGUAUGCGUGAACAGGUGAAUGAGAAACACAUUGUAAAGCGCUUUGAGUACCACUAAUGUAGAAAUAUACAAGUGCAGACCAUUCACACGUAUUUCUUGAAGUUUCCAUAUUUUUAAGGAUAUAAAGUUGCACUUGAGCCCAGACAAAGCAUGAUAUGUGCCAUGGACAUUUGGACUUGGAUGCAGAAAAUAUGGAGACAUAAGCAUGCAGUGAAACAUUUAGGACCUACUGGUUCUACAAGCUGUACAUUUGAGUUAAAUGACAAACUUUAAAUUUCUGUUCAUUGUUUUGUUGCUAUACACAUUUGUAGUAUUGUUUUUCUGUUAUAAUUUCCUAUACCUGAUGUAUGUACCUUACUCCUGCAGGUGUAGAUAAGUUUUAUACCUAUAAACAUCUGUUGAAUCUUU